AUGAGUUCUAUACUAGAACUUGUUACUGUAAAUGGCCGGCCUUUAUCAAUUAUUGAAGAUUCGGGAUUUCAAAGAAUUAUAAAUCCACUCCUUGCUGGGCUCAAUUUAGUUAUAAACAAAGAAAAUUUAUCCAGAACUAUUAAUAAAACAGCCCAAUCAAUUAGAGACAAAAUAUCGAGAGAGGUAGAAGGAAAAUUAAUAAGUUUAAAAGUUGAUGCAGUUCAACGACUAGAUAGGUCAAUUCUUGGUGUAAAUAUUCAAUUUAUAUCAAAGUCCAUUAUAAAUUUGAGGACUCUUGGAAUUGUAGAGCUGAAAGAGAGAUGUACAGAAGAAUAUAUAAAAGAGAAUAUAUUUAAAACUUUACUAAAAUUUAAAAUUAAUAUUCAACAAAUAUACACAAUUACUUCUGAUAAUGGUUGUAAUUUUUUAAGAGCUAUAAAGCUCCUGCAAUCUGAAACUGAUUAUGAUAUAAGGAGUGAAUCAGCAGAUGAGGAAAAUAUGGAUGUAAAUGUAUAUAAAUAUGAUAUUGAUGAUAUACAAAAUACUUUUUUAUCAACUAUUAUAUCCUAUCCGAUUUAUAGUGUACGGUGUGCAGCUCACACACUUCAGCUGGCACUUCAAGAUGCUAUAAAAUUAUCACCUAUUGUGGAAACCAUUGCAAAAGCUAGGAGCCUAAAUUUAAAAUUAAGACAUCCCACUUACCAAAAGUUAUUAAAAAAUAUGAAACUCCCUAAGCCUGUGUUAGAUUGCCACAGAUGGCAUUCAACCCAUGAUAUGUUAGAAAGGCUGAUUUUACUAAAACCCAAUAUCGAAGAUUUUUUUACAGAGCAAUCUGAUUAUUUAUUGACUGAAGAUUGGAAAGAGAUAAUAACGAUUGUUGAAAUUUUAAAACCGCUAAAAAUCGUAACCAAACAAUUCCAAUCUGAACAGUUAACACUGACAGAUUUUUAUGCAGCAUGGUUAAGAUGCUGCAUCGAACUGGAAAAAAAUCCAAACCAUUUUGCUCAAUUACUAUAUUCUUGUCUUAAGAACAGAGAAGAAAGGUUUAUAAAGAACGAAAUUCUCUUAGCUGCCAUAUACCUGGACCCAAGAUACAAGGUAUUACUUAGUGAUGAUGAUAAGAUUUGUGCGAAAAAACAUCUUGUCAAUUUAUGGAGACGAAUUAAAAGCUUAACAACGCCGAUUUUAUCUGAUGAUAUUAGUUCCGAUGAAGUUAUUGAACAAGAAGAUGAUUUAGAGAAAUUGAUACAACUUAAAGAAAGGCAGGAGAAAAUAUUUAAAAGAGGGCCAACGAUUGCUGAGAAAAGUAUUGGAACAAUAAUUACUAGAUUUAGCGAUUAUAAAAGAUUAGAUAAGAAGGAAAAUAUUUUGCAUUUUUGGGAGUCUGCUAAGCUGGAACACCCUGAAUUAUAUAUUUUAUCUAAAAUCUUAUUUGCUGUUCCUGCAACCCAAGUUAGCGUUGAAAGAUCUUUUUCACAUUUGAAAUUCAUUCUUUCACCACAUAGAUCGAGGAUGAGUGAACAACUCUUGGAAGAUAUUAUGCUAAUACGUCUAAAUAAAAUUUUUAAAAUUGAUACAUGACUAUAUGCUUUGUAUUUUUAACUAUA